AUGUCCGGCGCAAAGGCCCGACUUGAGAACAUCUCAGCGCAACUCCAGCGCCAGCAGGCAGACACAGCUUCGCUCAGCAGAAACAGACACACCCUCUCGCCGACCUUCUUCCUGCCUCGCGCAGCGGAAAUUGAGCCAGAUGCCGAAGCCAUAUACCAUCUUACGACGAACAACAAGAUUGUACGGAAGACAUACCAGCAGUUCGCAGACAGAGCGCGAGGGCUUGCGUACUACAUCAAGAAGCAUGGAUACAAGCGAGUGGGAAUACUGGCUCCAAACACGCCUGGGUUUUUAGAGUCGAUAUUCGGCAUCGCUGCAGCCGGCGCAGUCAACGUCGCUAUCAAUUACCGUCUGAAGGCAGAGGACAUUGCGUACAUCUUCACUCACGCCGACGUCGACUCCAUCAUUGUCGACAAGGAGUUUGUGCCUUUGCUGGACAAGUUCCGCAAGAGCAGUCAGCACAUACCCUUGAUAGUUGACACAGACACCGACGCGGACGAAGGGGAAUUAAGCGGAGAGCUUGACGCGGCCGUUCUUGAGGGGCUGCAGUAUGACGGACAGCAAGGAGGACUAGGAUGGGGCGGCCUAGAGGCUCAGGCGGCAGACGAGGAGUCGCUAAUCGCGCUUGCAUACACCAGUGGAACGACAGCCAGGCCAAAGGGGGUGGAAUAUAUCCAUCGAGGAUGUUAUCUUGCUGCGCUUGGAAACAUCGUCGAGUCGGGGUUGAACUUCCAGCAAGGACGAUGUGGCUACCUGUGGAUUCUGCCCAUGUUCCAUGCCAUGGGAUGGACGUUUCCCUGGUCCGUCACUGCGGUCAGGGGGACACACUACUGUCUUCGCAAGAUCGACUACCCUGAGAUCUGGCGGAUGCUGAAGCAAGAGAACAUCACUCACUUCAAUGCUGCUCCUACGGUCAACACUCUGCUAUGCGCCGCAAAGGAGGCAGAGAGACUGUCUCGGCCGGUCAGAGUUACUGUGGCUGCCAGUCCGCCAACCGCCCAUCUCUUCGAGCAGAUGACCAGCGUUAACCUUCACCCCGUUCAUGUCUACGGUCUCACAGAAACAUAUGGCCCCAUCACAAAGGGGUAUCAUAUGCCGUCGUGGGAUACGAUCCCCCUCAAGGAGAAGUACAAGAGGAUGGCAAGACAGGGACACGGCUUCCUGACCAGUCUGCCGGCCCGGGUAAUCAAGACGGAUGUUCCUGAAGGCACCAUCGUCGACGUCAGCAAAGACGGCAAGGAGAUUGGCGAGAUCGUCUUCACCGGUAACAUCUGUGCCAGAGGCUACUACAAGGACGUAGCAGCCACCGACAAGCUCUUUGCCGGCGGCGUUCUUCACUCCGGUGACUUGGCCGUGUGGCAUCCAGACGGCGCCAUCCAGAUCCUAGACCGCGCAAAGGAUAUUAUUAUUAGUGGAGGAGAGAAUAUAUCCUCUGUGGCCCUCGAAGCCAUGCUGGCCACGCACCCAGACAUCCUCGAAGCCGGCGUCGUAGCUGUCUCGGACGCCCACUGGGGAGAGAGACCCAAGGCCUACGUUACCAUCCAGACCGGCAAGCAGGUCACUGGCCCUGAGAUCAUCGUCUGGGCCAAAAACUCCAGCGGAAUCAGUCGAUUCAUGGUGCCGCGGGAGGUUGAGAUCGUCCCGGAGCUACCGAAGACCAGCACCGGCAAGAUCAAGAAGAAUGUCCUGCGAGAAUGGGCCAAGGGAGCUUCUCCUGCCCCGUAG